AUGAUGCAUCGACGCGCGCUGGCCAAGACGCUGCGCGAGGCGUCUCCGUUCUUUCUCAUCGCCGGGCCAUGCGUACUGGAGUCAGAGCAGGUCGUUAUGGCUAUUGCAGACCGCUUGGCCGCAGUACAGAAGAAGCUGGAGAUCCCUGUAAUCUUUAAAGCGAGUUUCGACAAGGCCAACCGCCAGGACCUCACGAGCUACCGAGGACCUGGGCUGGAACACGGCCUCGAGAUGCUGCAGCAAGUGAAAGAUGCGACAGGUCUACCAGUGCUCACUGACGUGCACGAGACGCACCAAGUGGCUCCAGUGGCGGAAGUGGCGGAUGUCAUCCAGAUCCCAGCGUUUCUGAGUCGACAGACGGAUCUUCUCGUGGCCGCUGCGAAUUCCGGGCGACUGGUGAAUCUCAAGAAGGGGCAAAUGCUCUCGGCGGAGACAAUGCUACUAGCUGCCAAGAAGCUUGCAAUCACACAGGAUGACUCUGACUUUAUUCUGACAGAGCGUGGAAGUAUGUUUGGCUACGGUGACUUGGUGGUGGAUGCAAGGAAUCUCCCGAAGCUGCGGCGGUCGAAUGGACUCGUGGUUCAGGAUGUCACCCACAGUAUUCAACGACCGAGUGGAGCACACGCUGGCGCUACAACGAGUGGAGGUGAUCGCGAGUUUAUCCCUACUAUAGCGAGAAUGGCUGCUGCUGUAGGCGUUGACGGCUUCUUCUUUGAGACGCAUCUUGAUCCGACGAAGGCUCUCUGUGACGCGGCUACCAUGCUGCCAAUUGAUGAGCUAGAACCUCUUCUCGAGGAGCUUAUCGCAAUCUCUAGAGCAUCCAAGGCGUUAUCAUAA